AUGUAUGGCAGAGAUCAACAAUUAGUGCAAUUGUUAGUACAAGAACCGCCAGUGCCACCUCAAAACGUAGAAGCAGCAAUGAUUAGUAGUAGAUCCGUUAAUCUUAAAUGGCAACAUAAAUCUGGCGACACGCACGAGGUCUUCAAGUUUAUUAUUGAAUAUCGGGAGAUGGAUCGAUCUUGGCAUCAAAUCGAGUUAUCAGAUUCGCCGCUACCGUUCACAGCUCUUAUCGAAGAUCUGAAACCGGCUACAAAAUACACGUUUCAUGUUAUCGCAGAAGGUCCAGCAGGUAAGAGUUCUCCUAGCGAAGAUCUUCUUUUAAGAACGGAACCCCAACGUCCUGCCGGUCCGCCUCUGAAUCCCGCUACAAGGCCUAUUUCUUCGUCAGAAAUAUUGGUGACGUGGUCACCACCAUUGCCUGAAUUAAGGCAUGGAGAUAUACAGGGUUUUAAUAUAGGCUAUCGCACUGCCACUAUGGGUAGUUAUAAUUUUACUUCUGUUAAUGGAGACGGCGAAGAUGGUGGCGAAAUCUUACUUGGUGGACUAAACAAAUAUACUAGAUAUACAAUUGUUGUUCAAGCAUUUAACGAAGUAGGAGCUGGGCCACUAUCGGAGCCUGUAACAGCCCAAACUAUGGAAGAUGUACCUGGACCACCUGCAGACUUAAAGGUGGUAGUUAGUUCUCCCCAAUCGCUUAAAGUUUCUUGGCUGAAGCCUGUGGAACCCAACGGAGUACUAACCAAAUACAAUCUAUACCGAAGGAGCAUGGAUGGUCGCACCGAAGUGGAUAAUGCAAGACAAACAAUUUCUAGUCAAAAUACAAUAUUUGAAGUGAAGAGUGUUCAAUCUCACAUUGAAUAUCAGUUUUGGGUCACUGCUUCGACUAGAAUAGGAGAAGGACAAAGUUCGAAGGUUGUUUCUCAGGUUGCAACACCUCGAGCCAAUCAUAACAUUCAGCUAAUGGAUACAGGAGAAUUAAUUCUGUCAAAAUUGCAAAUAGGAGAUGUUGGAAAUUACACUUGUCAUGUAGAUAAUGGUCAGGGAACGGACAGAAUUAUAUAUCAUUUAAUAGUACAGAUUCCUCCUAUUGCCCCAUUACUGUACGUGACUAGUGCAACUAGUAGUAGUGUUCUACUUCACUGGAAAGCUGGAAACAACGGUGGUGCUUCAAUAAGUGGUUUUACACUUAAUUAUAAGAAGGAACACGGCGAUAUUGAGGAAGUUCAUUUAUCAAGACAUGCAACGAGUUAUGAAUUGAAAGGUCUUUCCUGUGGAACGACCUACCACCUCUACUUGAUUGCUCACAACAAAAUCGGAAGCUCGCCGGCCAGCCAUCCGCUCCAGGCCAGAACGCAAGGCCAUCCACCCGGAGUUCCUUCCUUAACUUCUUUCAUUUCUCCGAAUUCCACUUCAGUUAUUUUACGCCUUCACGUCUGGCCUGACAACGGUUGCCCCAUUUUAUAUUUUAUACUACAGUAUAAGAAAGCGACUGAUACGCAGUGGACCUUAGUGUCUAAUGCAUUAAAACCACAACGAAGAACGUCUAUUACUGGUUUAACUCCUGCUACACAAUAUGUAGUCAAAUUAGAAGCUCAUAAUGUUGCAGGAUUUUCGACUGAAGAAUUUAAUUUUAUGACGCUUACUAAAGAGGGAGGUCACAACGAUGCAGCCAAGGAACAAUUGGAUAACCAACAAAAUGCCGAAGCUCAAAGAGAGAGAUAUUAUGCCACUAUUCAUAAGGUUUCUUUGCAAGCCGGAGAAAAAAUUCCAGAGACUUCAGAAGACAUAUCACCGUACGCAACAUUUCAAUUAUCAGAACCUAGUACUUUACCACAAAAUACGAUGCUUCAUAGUUUCAUGUACCACGAGCAUCCAAUGACUGAAGGUUGUGCGUCUCCGCCGCCAGCCACCUCAUCUGUUCAACGAAACUCGCCAUAUUACAAUAUCGCAAGUAUCAAAGUACUUAUCUACUGA